AUGGAACCUUAUACUGCCCCAUCUGUUGCUAUUCAGUUGAGGGAACUCUCGUGCACCAACAUUAAGGUCGAACAAAUCUCCAGAACUUUGCCUUCCUAUUUUCAAAAUUUGGAGGUUCGUAAGCCAUCAUCCUGCAGUGUUCACCAGAGAGAAGUCAUUGCCGACAUGUAUUUGUUUCCAGAUUAUCUUGGUGGUGCAGACUUGGUAACCUUACAGUUGAAAAUUGUUCGUGGGAAGGGCGAUGAAAUGGAUAGUCCAAAACUAACCUUUUGUAACGAUGGAUAUAAUGGAAGAAAAGUAAACAGUGAACUGUACGUCAAGUAA